ACUACAGCUGGAUCCUUGCAUUGUAUGGCCUGCACAGAUCAGAUGUGUACAACCACAGCAUUAUCAGAAUGUGGCUCAGAGACAAUGUGCAUUACUGCUUCCAUUAUAGCCACUUCAUCAGGAACUACUACUGAAAGAAUCUACAAGGGCUGUGCACCAUCCCACCUGUGCCAAGUUACAGGCAUGCAGAACUUUUCAGCCAACUUGGGUUUCUCAAGCGUCCAUGCAUCCGCUCUGUGCUGCAACUCUGAGAACUGCAACUCCCAAAGUCUUCCCAUGCCCCAACCUCAGCCAUCUAACAACCUGCAGUGUUUGACUUGUAACCCUCAAACAUCUAACUGUAGCACCAUGGUAACGUGUUCAGGGGAGGAAAACAGCUGCUUGACAGCCACAGGUUGGUGUUCCUGUUAACUAGAUCUCACACACUUGUAUUCUUAUGGAAAAACAACUCUACUCAGUGUCUAAACAUUAGAAACAAAAACAUGUAAAUACAUUUAAAUAGAAAUGUAUUAUCAAAACUAGGGUUAUUGAUGGAAGCUGUCAUUUUUUACAGUGCAAAAUGGACCUACAACCUAUCCAGUGCAUGGCUGUGUGACUAAAAAUACAUGUGAAGCAGGUAAGAACCUGCAGAGUCUACCUUUCAUGGAAAAUCUUGGUAACAUCACCAGUGGACUAAGCUGUUGCGGACAAACUGGGUGUAACUCUUGGACACCAAAUCCUCCAUCAUCAACGCCUUCACCUACCGAUUCAGUUACAACUUCAUCUCCUGCACCAACUACAACCAACAACA